AUGGAUCUUCCUACAAUCUCCCAAGUGGUUCCAGCGUCGGGUCCAAUUACAGGCGGCACGGCUGUAACGAUCGUUGGUACCAAUCUUCUAAGCCCUACUGCCGUAACCUUUGGCGGUACGAAUGCGACAGUUGCUUCAAGCACCUCCACUACUAUUUCCGUCACGAGUCCUGCAAAUAGUGUGGGUAGUGCUCAAAUCGUCGUCACUACGAGUGCGGGUAGCUCUACUCAACCGGCCUUCUUCAACUAUGUCGUCGAAACUUUGCCAACUAUCACCAGCUUGAACCCGGUCAAUGGGCCUGUAUCGGGCUCCAAUGUCGUGUAUCUAACUGGUUCCGGUCUUUCUUUCACCACUGCCGUCAGCUUCGGAAUAAUUAAUGCGAAGAGCUUUGCUGUGCUGAGUGAUACUCAAGUUGCCGCAGUCGCACCCACGGGGGCAGCAGGCUCUACUACCGUGAGUGUAACAAACUCGCUUGGAACGAGUGGGACUCUACCGUACACCUAUACGACGUUGAAUGUCCCCCAAACCACUUCUAUCACCCCCAGUACUGGUCCCACCGCUGGUGGGAAUAGCACGAGUAUCUCUGGUUCGGGCUUUACGUAUGCCACUUCUGUCGCCUUUGGCGCCAACCUAGCCUCUUUUACCGUCCUGUCGGAUACGAGUAUCACUGCAACGGUCCCUGCCGGGCCAUCUGGCGGUGGUGAUGCGGCUGUCAUUGUUUCUGGCCCAGGUGGUUCCAGUCCCUCUGGCCCUACGUACACAUACACCGCACCGCCGGUGCCUACGAUUGUCUCUUUGACACCGUCCUCAGGCCCCUUGUCCGGUGGCGGCACAAUCACGGUGCAAGGGACAAAUUUGAACGGCGCAAUAACCAUUCUGUUCGGAGCUAUUCCAGCUCUCUUUUUCACAGUCCUCAGUCCUUCUGCGAUUAACGUAACAGUCCCUCCGGGGCUAGCAGUUGGAGCAGUGCCAGUUACAGUCACCACGCUGUCAGGAACCAGUUCCGGGUCCCCAUACACGUACCUCGCACCUCCAAGCCCAAGCACAAUUUUCCCCAGCGCUGGGGUGAUUACUGGCGGGGCGUCGAUAGCGAUUACGGGCACAGGUCUCACGGGAACUAGCAGCGUACUUUUUGGAUCAACACCAGCACAAGGCACGAUUACGGUCACUGGGGACACAUUGGUCACGGUGCAGGCCCCAGCUCACCCUGUGGGCACAGUUCCAGUCACCAUUACCACUCCUGGUGGCACCAGUAGCUCGCUGUCAUUCAGUUUCCAACCGACAGCCGCCGUGACCUCGAUUAGCCCAGCACUCGGCCCUCUCGCUGGAGGUACGGUUGUCUCAAUUGCGGGUGCAGGACUAUUUGGGGCAAAUGCUGUACUAUUCGGUUCUGUACCGUCGGCAACUGUUAUUGUUAUUUCUGAUAACCUGGUUACGGCAGUGGCCCCCGCGCAGGCCGCAGGAGCUGUAUCUGUGAAGGUCUCCACGGCUGCUAGUGUCAGCAAUGGUGCUCUCUUCCAAUACAUCCCUCCGCCGACUCUGACUGACAUAUCGCCGACUAGCGGAUCAAUCAUCGGUGGUGGCAAUAUAACUCUCACAGGGACAGGCUUCCUGAGCGCAACUACUGUGUUCUUCGGUCUCCUACCGGCAACUUUCACUAUCCUCAACGAUACUACCAUCACGGCAACGGUCCCUAUCACAGGGCUUCCAGGCCCUGCAUCCGUGACAGUUACGAAUCCUGGAGGUACCAGUGGAGCCCAAACCUACACAUUUCAUUUAUAA